AGCGAAUUCUCCAGCUAUCUCAUCGCGAAACAACUCCGUUCUCCCCCUGUUCUCUCUCUCUCCCUCUCUCCCGCGAGCGAAAACCUAGAAGCCAGAUUCUCCUGUCUACACCCUCAGAACUAAUGGCUGAAGUGGAGCAAAACCUUGAGGAGCAGAAUGAUGCGACUGAAGCCGAGCAGAGCCCUGAGCAGGAGCUCGAGCAAACCCUUGAGCAGACCCUCGAGCAGAUGCCUGAGGAGAGCGUGGAGGAGUUACCUGCAGACUCACAGCCUGAAGAGAAGCCGCAGGAAGACAGUCCAGCAGCUGGAGCUGCUGAGAAGAAGUGGCCUGGAUGGCCGGGAGAUAGUGUCUUCCGUAUGUUGGUUCCAGCCCAAAAGGUCGGCAGUAUAAUCGGGCGCAAAGGGGAGUUCAUAAAGAAAAUUGUUGAGGAGACGAGAGCUCGGAUUAAGAUUCUUGACGGUCCUCCUGGAACUGCUGAAAGAGCUGUAAUGGUGUCUGCGAAGGAGGAGCCUGAUUCUUCUCUUCCUCCUGCUGUGGAUGGCCUUUUGAGAGUUCACAAGCGCAUUGUUGAUGGGUUGGAUGGUGACUCUAAUCCUCCCUCUGGCGCAGCUGGAAAGAUCUCAACAAGGCUACUGGUGGCGGCCUCACAGGCAGGAAGCUUAAUUGGAAAACAAGGAGGGACAGUUAAAUCCAUUCAGGAAGAGUCAAACUGUAUUGUUAGAGUUCUCGGCACAGAAGAACUGCCAGUGUUUGCUCUUCAAGAUGAUAGAGUUGUUGAAGUUGUUGGAGAGCCAACAGGGGUUCACAAAGCUGUGGAGCUAAUUGCAUCUCAUUUGAGGAAAUUUUUAGUUGACCGCAGUAUCAUCCCAUUGUUUGAGAUGCAUAUGCAAAAGGGAAAGAAUCCUCCAAUGGAGCAUAUGCCACCACACCAAUCCUGGGGUCCACCACCUGGUCUUCCUCCGAAUGCUGGUGGUGGCCCUGGUUAUGGACAUAAUUCUCAAUAUAUGCCCCCUCCGCGGCAGCUUGAUAGUUACUAUCCACCUCCUGAAUUGCCGCCUCCUAUGGAGCCACAGUCUCAUCAGGGUAUAUCUGCUUAUGGAAGAGAUGUACCAAUGGGGAUGCAUGCACCAUCCAAUGCCCAAUCGGCACCUUCCAUGAUCAAGCAGAUCACACAGCAAAUGCAAAUUCCCCUUUCUUAUGCCGAUGCUGUCAUUGGGUCAGCUGGUUCCAGUAUAAGCUACAUUCGACGAACCAGCGGAGCUACUGUUACCAUUCAGGAAACUAGGGGAGUUCCUGGAGAAAUGACGGUUGAAAUUAGUGGAACUGCUUCGCAAGUUCAGACCGCACAGCAAUUAAUACAGAAUUUUAUGGCAGAGGCAGCAGCAGCACCAUCGCAGGCACCAGCAGCUGGGCACAUGGACCAAGGUUAUAAUUCUUAUGGAGCUCACGGUUCUGUUUAUGCAUCUCCGGCAUCGAACCCAGGACACGCAGCACAUGGUGGAGCUUAUGGCUCGGUCUAUGGGGCCAAUUAUGGGUAUUAAGCGGGGUUGUCCAAUUAAUGCUGUUGUGUAUCUGAGAGGGAUGUCAGCUAAGCUCGAUAGGCACAUUCCAUACUUUGUUAAGGAUAGUUUUGAAUGAUUACCUUGCUUUUUCAUCAAGUUUAUUGAUCGUCUAACAACUAAGUAGGUAUGUGCAUGACAUUGUACUCCUGUAAGUUUGUUCAAUUUUGAGUUCAUGAAUUUGCCAGUCGGUUGCUCCUGCAA